CGCCGGCCAUGCCGUGGGAGGAUAAGGCCUCCACCGAGGCGCCCCUCCCCCCAGAUAUCUUCUUCACACUCGCCUCACUCCUCCUCGGCGCCCUCCCUCCCAGAUCCAUCUUCUCUCUCUCCCUCAUCGUCCUCUCGGCUCACCCGAGCGCCUACGUCGCCGUCGUUGGCCACCACCGCGGCGACCGUCUCCCCCGUGCCUCUCCAACCUGUCCGUCUGCACCAACGUCAUCGACUGCGUCCUCCCCGUCCACAAGAUCGAGCUCGGACCCCCUCGACCAUGGGGAUCGGGUUCUUCCCCGCACCUACGGCCACCGACGAGCUCCGUCCGCUGCGACCGUCCUGCUACUACUAAUUCGUCGCUGGCCCUUCGUGUGCCACACCAGACGGGAGACGAGUUCGCUAAUGAGGAGCCCGUUGAGUUUGCUUUUGAGGAUCCAGUCAACUCUGACAACUGUGCAGGCAAGAUGAUCAUACCCUCGAAAUCACUACUAUCUUUGCU